ACUUAUCUCUAACACUUUGAACAUUUCUUCAUCAGAAGACUCCCCUGAGCCAGUUUGGAGAACCCGCAUUCCACAGAAUAGACCAUUUCAUUCACUUCUAUAUAUAACACAGAAGCCAUUAAGCUGUAUGUCUGAUAAGUACAGAGGAAAGGAGAAGUCUGCGACAUCAUAUGCCGGCCAAGAUGGAAGAUCCAGUUCAACUUAAAGAAGAUGGAAACAAAUAUUUCAAAGCAAACGAUUAUGAUCAGGCUAUUGAUUGCUAUAGCAAAGCCUUAAAACUGAUCACUGAUAAGAAGAUGUUAGCUGUUCUCUACCGUAAUCGAUCCGCCUGCUAUCUUAAAAAGGAAAAUUAUAUUCAAGCAGCAACAGAUGCAACUAAAGCUAUUGAUGUUGAUGCAUCGGACAUAAAGGCUCUGUUCAGGCGCUGUCAGGCACUGGAGAAACUCGGCAAGUUGGACCAAGCGUAUAAGGAUGUUCAGAGAUGUGCUACACUGGAGCCAAAGAAUCGAACAUUCACAGAGACUCUCCACCGCCUGGGCAGUGACAUACAGGAAAAGCUUCAUGUUCAGUUCUCCACGGACUCCCGUGUUCAAAAGAUGUUUGACAUUCUGCUGGAUCCAAACUCUGAAAAAGAAAAGCGAGACAAGGCUGUCAACAAUCUUAUAGUCCUGGGCAGGGAAGAUGCCGGCGCUGAGAGGAUUUUCCAGAACAAUGGAGUAAAUCUACUGUUGCAGUUGGUAGAAACCAAGGACCCAGAGCUGAUUAUCUCUGCAGUGCGGACACUUUCUGGCAUGUGCACUGGGCAUAGGGCACGAGCAACAGCCAUUCUACACCUUGUGGGUUUUAAUAAAAUCUGCAGCAUUAUGGCUGUGGACAAUGAGGAAAUUGCUCUAGCAACAUGCAACCUUGUGCAGAACAUUGUGGACUCGCUGACAGGAGAGGAUCGGAAAGAACAUGGCAAGGAGGAGUCUCUGGUAUUAGACACUAAGAAGGAUCUACGGAUGAUCACCACCUGCUUGUUGGACAUGCUUGUUAGUAAGAAAGUCUCAGGACAUGGCAAGGACCAGGCACUGACUCUGCUCAAUAAAAACAUCCCCCGCAAAGACCAGAAGAAUAAAGACCACUCCAAGUCUCUAUUUGUGAUUGACACAGGAUUGAGGAAAAUUCUUAAAGUUUUGGGUCAGAUCCCAGAAUUACCAAACUGCCUCCCCUUGACUGUAAACACCCGAUUAAAUGCUUCUGUUCUUGUGAAUAAACUAUAUGAUGACCUGCGCUGUGAUCCAGAGAGAGAUAAUUUCAGGACAAUCUGUGAGGAGUAUAUAACUGGAAAUUUUGACCCAAAAAACAUGGAAAAAAACCUGCACGCCAUACAGACUGUGUCCGGCAUCUUACAGGGGCCCUUUGAUCUGGGAAACAAACUCCUAGGAUUGCAAGGGGUUAUGGAGAUGAUGGUAGCACUGACUGCCUCAGAGAAUGAGAUAGACCAGCUGGUUGCAGUGGAAGCUCUCAUUCACGCCUGCACUAAGCUCAGCCGUGCCACUUUCAUCAUCACCAAUGGUGUCUCCAUGUUGAAGGACAUCUACAAGAAAACAAAGAAUGAGAAGAUAAAGAUUCGCGCCUUAGUGGGUCUUUGUAAACUGGGAUCUGCUGGAGGUACAGACUAUGGUUUACGGCAGUUUGCGGAGGGAUCUACUGAUAAACUUGCCAAACAAUGCAGGAAGUGGUUGUGUAAUCCCAACAUUGACAUCCAGACUAGGAAGUGGGCAGUGGAAGGUUUGGCUUAUUUGACAUUAGAUGCUGAUGUCAAGGAUGAGUUUGUUGAAGAUGAUCAAGCUCUUAAAGCCAUGUUUGAGCUAUCUAAGACAAGUGAUAAGACAAUUCUGUACUCUGUGGCUACCACUCUGGUCAACUGCACAAACAGCUAUGAUGUAAAGGAGAUAUUACCUGAGCUGGUGCAGCUAGCUAAAUUCUCCAAGCAGCAUGUGCCUGAGCAACACCCAAAGGAUAAGAAAGACUUUGUGACAAAACGUUUGAAGAAGCUGCUUAAGGCUGAUAUAAUCUCAGCUCUGGUGUGUAUGCUAAAAGCAGACAGUGCUAUCCUUACAGACCAAACCAAAGAGCAGCUGGCCAGAGUUUUCCUGGCAUUGUGUGAAGAUUCAAAGGACAGAGGAACAAUUGUUGCACAAGGGGGAGGAAAGGCCAUGAUCCCACUGGCUCUGGAAGGUACAGAAGUAGGGAAAACAAAGGCUGCUCAUGGUCUAGCUAAGAUAGCAGCUGUAUCAAACCCUGACAUUGCCUUCCCUGGAGAAAGGGUAUAUGAGGUUGUGCGUCCUCUAGUAAAUCUCUUGAACACAGAGAAGGAUGGCAUACAGAACUUUGAAGCACUCCUGGGUUUGACCAACCUCUCUGGGAAGAGCGACAAAUUGAGGCAAAAAAUUAUUAAGGAGAAGGCUCUUCCUGAAAUUGAGAAUUACAUGUUUGAAAAUCAUGAACAGAUUCGUCAAGCUGCAACUGAAUGCAUGUGCAAUCUGGUUGGGAAUAAAGAGGUUCAGGAACGGUUUAUGGCAGAUGGAAAUGAUCGUUUGAAAUUGGUGAUAUUGCUGUGUGGAGAGGAUGAUGAGGUAAAACUGCAAAGAGCAGCAGCAGGAGCUCUUGCUAUACUUACAUCUGCCCAGAAGAGUCUGUGUCAUAAAAUGACUGAAGUGUCUACGCAGUGGAUGGAAAUCCUUCAGAGACUUUGCCUGAAUGAUGACCUGCAGGUUCAGCACCGAGGACUUGUAAUCGCCCACAACCUCAUCUGUGCAGAUAAAGAGCUGGCAAAGAAACUGGUGGAGUCCGAGUUGUUGGAGAUCUUAACUGUAAUUGGAAAACAAGAGGACAAUCCCAACAAGCGGCCGAUUAUAGCUGUGGCCAGAGAAGCACUGGUUAAAUGCUUAGAUUAUGCCUUAAUAAAGCCUUUCUCCUGAGCGCUGGCAUAGUGUGUGACAUGACACAAAUCCCAAGUUUGAAUCGUUCAUUCCCUCUGUAUGCAUGUGUAGAGAAGCGAGUGUUAAUUUACUGUACACAAAUAACUUUCUUGAAUCACGGCACCCUAGAGUAUCAGCUUUUUUUUCACAGCACCCUUAGGAUUAAAGUUUUUUAUUGGUAAAUUUGAAUAAAAAUAUUAGAUUAAGUAAA